AUGCUGUAUAUAUUCCAAGUUGAUAUUGGCGAAACUUAUGUAUUUGAAACUGAUUUGGCCUUUCAAAAUGUAAAAACAUUAAAAACGAAGAUUGAGCAUGAACAUGGAAUUGCAUCAUCAAAACAAAUAUUAAUCAUAAACGGAGGAGAGUUAUUAGAUGAUGAUGCUGUACAAGUCUGUAUGAAAACCCGUGAAACAUGCGCUGGAACGGAAGAUAAUCCAAUUUAUCUUUUGGAUAAAUCACAUUUAGAAAAAUCAGUUCCAUUACAAAUAUCCUUAACACCAAAUAGUAUACCAAUAUUAGAUAAUGCCACCGUGCAACAGUGGUUAUCAAUGGCACCAACGUAUGAAACGAUUGUUCAAAGAGCUGACACUGCACAAAAUUUCGAUAGAUAUGCCCAGAAAAUAAUUCAAAAUUGUGAACGAUUCAUUCGUGAUCAACAAGCCCAAUAUCAAGGAUGGAUGGCUGUAAUUGCUAAUAUUGAAGAUACAAUCUCAAGCUUUGUACUCAAUAGAAAUUCAUUCAAUCGUUUAUAUCAAAAUUAUCUAUCGGAAAGACCGUCGUAUUUGGAACUCUUCGAAAGCCUUCCUCUUGCAAUUAAAAUUCUACAUCAAUUAACACUUCCAAGUAAAUUAGUGGCUUCAAUAGAUAAUUCUACGGGUAUAUAUUAUAAAUCAACUGUAUCAUCAUCGACUUCAUCAUCAUCGAUUAGUUCGACAAUAACAACAAGUCCAAAUUAUUUAGCACAAAAUGAUAAUGAUAUUCAAACUGGCGGAGAUUUGUCCUUAUUUGAAUGGAUCACUACUCAAUUAGCCAAUGUGAAAGUGGAAGAUAUAAUCGAUGGAUGCAAGCAUUUUAUUAAUGAGUGCACUGAAGAAUUUUUAUGUUCACUGAAUAUUGAAAUUGAUGGUUUAUUAGAAAGAUUAUCAAAUCGUGAAUUAAAACAUAUGAUUGGUAUAGAAGAUCGAUUUACUCUUCUACAAAAUCAAUUAGCAAAUGCAAAACAUUGGCAACAUGAACAAAAAGAUUGCGCCGAUUAUCUAAUAAGUCAAAGACAAAGAUUCAGUUCAAAUGUUGGCAAUCAAAAAGAUUGGUCUUUAAUUAAAGAUAUAUCAGGAAUUCAUUCAAAAAAUUUAAUUGAAAUAAGCAAACGACAUCAGACAUUGAUUGAUAUAGAAAGAAAAGUUCGAAAAUCAAAACAAGAAAUUAUUGAUCAAUUACAUCGAAGAUUCAAAAAUCUUAUGCUUCUUCAACGACAUUUAGUUGAUUAUGAUACUAAACUUUCCAUGUAUACUCAUAAAUUAAAUCGAACAAAAAAAACUAUGUUAUUUUUACAACAACUGAAUCAAACACCGAAACUUUAUUAUUUAUUUUUAUAUGAAUGUGUUAGACGAAAACAAUACGCAAAGAUUUUCAAUAAAUUCGCUGAAACAAUUCGUCUUGAAUCAAAGAAUAUUCAUAAUGAUGAAGUAUCUAAAAGAGAACAGUUUAUUAAACAGCAUGAAUCACAUUUUCUUUUUAAUUUAUUACCAUCUCUCAAAAUAUUACCAACAUUUUUUAUUAAAGAACCAUUAUCAUUAUUAGAUUUAAAUUUACCGGAUUUGACCUUAAAUGAAGUUGAUCAUUUGUUUGAAGAAUUUCCUGAAAUACAACAACAGAACAACGAUACACAAAGUAUUGAUCAUUUAAUGAAUCUUGAUUCACUUAUUCGUUGCACACAAAUAUUUUCUCAAGAAGAAUAUUCAAACACACCUUUGGUACCACUUUCUGUAUUAAUUCCAUCAGAAACAACAACAAUUAUCAAUGAAGAUAUGCCAAAACAAAUUCCUUCCCCAACAAAUAGUAGUAGUCGAUCAACAGUUGUUCGUUCUCAAUCAUCAUCGGAUGUUGAAUCACCGCACGAACAACUAAUAGCACAAACAUUAUCAACAGACGAACAACUAAAACAAAUCAUUAAUGAUAAUGUAAUCGAAACAAUUAAUGCGAUAGAAUCAAACAUAGAACAACAACAUAGCAAUGAGGAAAUGAACUCAUCAAAAGAAACGAUUCCAAUAACAAAAUCGUUAGCAGAUUGUCAAAUCAAUGGCACAUCACCAGCAACGGCAAUCGUAAUUUCGACAACAAACUCAACAAAUAACAAUGAGGAAGAGGAUGAUUAUGUGCAAUGCAGCCUUGAAACAGUUUAUACAUCAACUGAAAUGGCUGUUUCUCCUCCGCAUCGCCCCUGUGCCUCCCAACAAACCGACAAUGAAUAUAUACGUCUUAUUCGAAAUGAAUUUAUUUCAUUAAAAAUUCAAUAUGAACAAAUAAAUAAAUUUCAACAUGACGAUUUACUUAAUUAUCAUGAAACUAUUGUAAAAAUUAUAAAAAGUCUUCAACAAUCAAAUCAUGAACACCAAAAACAAAUUGAACAAUUACACACAGAAAUCAAUAAUUAUAUUCAAGAUAAUGAAGAAUUAAAAAUUCAGAAUGAUAAUAAUCAACAACAAAAACAAGAACUAAUAAUUAAAUAUCAAAUACUAGAAAAUAAUUUUGAUGAAUUUCGUCAGAAAUCUGAAAUUGAAAUAUCACAAAUAGUUAAAGGUAUUGAAUCAGAUUUUCAAUUCGGGAUGAAAAAGGCUUCGAAUGAACAACAAGAAACAGAAUCUUUAACAACAACAGUCGACACACAAACCGAUAAACAAUUAACAUAUGAUAAAGAAACAACUACUAUAUUAACUACUGAACAUCAAUUAACACAAACAAAUCAAAUUGAAUUAAAUAAUAAAACGAUUCAAACAUCAUUUAAUGAUAAUGAUGAAACAGUGCGUCGUCUAGUAACAAAAGAGCAACAAAUACAAUUUAAUUUAGCUAUACAACGUGCUGUACAAAAUGCCACAGAUACACAAAAGAAACAAAUUGGAGUACUGGAACAACAAUUAGAAGACAAACGCUUGAAAAUUAUUAAAUUAAAAGAAUGCAUUAAAAAACUACAGAAUUUUUAUGCAUUAUCAUCAACACCACCAUCUAUGUUACCUUCUAUUACAAAGUCUAUUAUGAUAACAUCAAAUGAUGAUGAUGAACCACAAAUAAAUAAGGAUGAAACAAUUCAUAGAACAACAUUUAUUAAACGUAGCGAACCGAUUUCAAUGCCGAGUUCAUUUGUUGUUCAAAGUAUGUUGGCAGCUGGAAAUGUUGCAACAUCACCAAAAAUUGAUCAGCAAACUUUAACUGGAGUGAAUGAUCUUUUGAUGGAUACUUGUUUUAAAUCAUCUCCAAAUGAAUCAAGUAAUGCUGUAGAAUUAUAUACACCAUUUGCUGCAUCACCACUUAAUCAAAUAGUAAAUCCAAUAUCAAUGCCAACAUCUGUUCCUAUUAGUUCAUUUAUGAGUUCAUCACCAACUGUGUCAUCAACAACAAAUUCUUCACCACAAGCAAUACCUAUUGCUAUUGUUACUGUUAAUCGAUUAGAUUGUGUUGUUAUUUAUUUUGAUACAACGUAUCAACAUUAUAUGAUUUUCACUUAUUUGCCAACACUUCAUUUCAUACAUUCAGAUUGUUAUGAACUAUUUAACAUUCAACAAAAACAAAAUUCAAUUCACCCGACAAGUAAUACAAAUACUAAUGAUUCGAUGUCUACUGACAAUGGAAAGAGUUCUACAAGUAUUCCAGCACUUAUAAACACAUCUAUGAUUAGUUCAACAUUAAUUGGACCUAAUGGGUUGAAUCCAUCAACAACUCCAUUAAUUGGUCAAGUUACCGAUAAAGAAUAUUGUCAAGCUAAAAAAGCAAAUAAUCGUUUCAAUGUACCCUUAGGUACCAAAUUCUAUCGAGUUCGUGUUAAACCAUGGAAACCAACGAUAUCGUCGCUUCCAAACUAA